AUGUAUUCUAAAGUGAGUAUUAUAUUAGCAGUUGUAGCUGUCGCCCAAGCUGGUCUUUUGGAUUACGGACAUGCAAAUUCGUAUUCCUCUGUGAAUCUUGGUGCAUCACAUGGAUACGCUGCUCCAGUUCUAGCACACGCUCCGGUCGUGGCACAUGCUCCAGUUCUUACACACUCUACUCACGAAAAUGUCGAUUACUAUGCUCAUCCAAAAUAUGAAUUCAAUUAUGGAGUGCAAGACGGACAUACUGGUGACCACAAAACUCAACAUGAAGUACGUGAUGGUGACGUAGUCAAAGGUUCUUACACUGUUGCUGAACCUGAUGGUACUCUUCGUACUGUCCACUACACUGCCGAUGAUCACAAUGGCUUUAAUGCUGUAGUAGAAAAAUCUGGACACCCAGUACAUCCAGCUCCCGCUUAUGGAAAAGUACUUUUGGCUGCUCCUAUUUUAGCAGUAUUAGCUAUCACAGCUGCAGCUCAAGCUGGUGUUUUGGACUAUGGUCAUGGACACGCUAUUAAAGAUGGACACACCGGAGACCAUAAAUCUCAACAUGAAGUCCGCGACGGAGACGUAGUCAAAGGAUCUUACUCAGUAGCUGAUCCAGAUGGUACUCUUCGUACAGUUCACUACACCGCUGAUGACCACAAUGGUUUCAACGCUGUAGUAGAAAAAUCUGGACACCCAGUGCACCCAGCUCCUGCUCCAGCUUAUGGAAAAGUACUUCUAGCUGCUCCAGCUGUUCAUCAUGCUCCUCUGGACGAGCUCAUUCUUGCCAUCGCUACCUUUGUAGCUGCUGCCAGUGCAGGGUUACUAGAUUAUGGUCACGCUCCAGUAGCACACAGCUACUCCGCUCCUGUAGCUCACGCAUAUACAUCACCUGUUGCCCAUGCUUACACAGCUCCCGUUGCUCAAGUUUAUUCAGCUCCAGUUUCCCAUGCUUACUCAGCUCCAGCACCUUACAAGGCUUACUCUUCACCCGCCCAUCAUGAUGUUGAUUAUUACGCACAUCCCAAAUAUGAAUUCAACUACGGAGUCCAAGAUGGUCACACUGGAGACCACAAAACCCAACACGAAGUUCGUGAUGGUGAUGUAGUCAAAGGAUCUUACACCGUUGCUGAACCUGAUGGUACUCUUCGUACUGUUCACUACACCGCUGAUGACCACAAUGGGUUCAAUGCUGUAGUAGAAAAAUCUGGUCAUCCAGUACAUCCAGCACCAUCUCACGGCAAAGUACUUUUAGCUGCUCCUGCUGUACAUCAUGCUCCUUUAUACCAUCAUUGA